AUGAUACACCGCCGAUGUUCCAGAUGCCGAUCACACGAGGCGAAGGAGGGUCGUCCAAUGGGCGCAGUCGCAACCGUGGCGGAUCUUCGCCGUGCAGUCCGCAGAGCAUCCGAGUUGCGCGGGACCUGGCCGAAGAGGGGAGGUGGUCUUCUCCAGAAGCAGGCCUCCCAGGACGAGAGCCAUGUCGACCGGCAGAAGACGGAAGUGCUGAACCAGGUUCUGUUUUCUGCGACCAGGAUGCAGGUCCUGGCUCAGCGAGCACGGCUCCCUCCCCGACGAAGAGACUCGAGAGCAGAGCCGAGGAGGAGAGCAUUCGCUUGGCCGAGCACCAGCCACGUCGGAAGGCUGGUUCCCAGCGUCGAAGAAAGCUUGAACAAGUUCUGGGCUGAUGAGCUCAGCUCCGAUGAUCUGCUGCGUCUCCGGGUGGUUUUCCGAUCCAUGUCCGAGGACGGACUUCAUGUUCCUCGAGCCGCCCUUCGCGAGCUUUCGGUUCGCCUCGGCCUCCGCACCGUGAGCCCUGACAGGAGUGAGGAGCUCUUGCGGCAGAUCACCAACUUCGACAACUUAGACUUCCAAGACUUCUGCGACUUCUGUGAGCGGGCUUUAGUGGUGGAGCGUCAAGCGUUUCAGCGCUUGCUCCAAACUUGGGAUCCCAAUCCAGGCGACAAUUUUGUCGGAGCCAUCGAGCACGUGCAGGGCUUCAUGCGCAGCUUGCAAGUGGUUUGCAGCAGGAAGACCGUGCAGGACAUCCUCGAUCUUGCUGGAUUGAAGGAUCAGCCCUGCGACACCUCGCAAGAGAUUCUGCGGUUUCUGGCUGCGCAUCACUCUUGUGAUGGGUUCAAUCAUGAGGAGCUUGCAGGGAUCGUCGCAGCUUUCGAUGCAUGUGAGGAAGAGAGGCCCAAUCCGGGUCCAGAGGGCCGCUUGGCCAAGUCAUCGGCACUGGAGUCGGCUUUGCUGACAUUUGGUGGGAUCUAUUUCGUUGAGGAGUGGCGGAAAGUCAAGAAGAAACUGAAGGCUAGAGGACUCCAGCAUUCGAGCUCCAAUGGAAUCUGCUUCUUCGAGUUUCUUUUUACGGCACGCCGGAUCAGAGAACGCGAGCUAAGAGCCGUUGCAGAUGAGUUUGAUGCCCUUGACACUGACCGAGAUGGUCUCAUCUCUGUCGAAGCUCUGCGUGCACUCUGCCACCCCCUGGGCUUCACCUUGGUUGGCUCCGAGAUGACGGAGUUCUGUAAGCUCAGAGGAGUAAGUGAAGACAGCUUCUUAAAUGUGGAGGCUGCGUGGGACUUCGUUCAGCAAGUGCGAAACUGCCACGGCUUCACGGAAGUGGAACGCGAAGAGCUCCUCCGCAGUUUCCUGCGCUUUUCGGGCGGCAGCGGCGAGUUGGCCACUGUGAAGGUCAUGGAACUCCUGCAAUGGCUCGGGCUGGAGGGAAACAUUGAGGAAGCCCGGGACAUGCUUCGCAUGGUGGACUUUAACUUCAGUGGAACCUUGGACCGAGUGGAGUUCCUGCGCCUGAUGCGAUUGCAGAAGGAGAAGAACUUGAACGCCUACACCAAGGCCUACGUCUCCAAGAACUUGGACAAAGAUCUUAGCGAGAGUCAUCUGGUUGCCGCCCUUGCAGACUGCGCGGUGCAUCCAGAAAAGCAGACUCUGCAGGAGGUCUUUCGGCGGCAGAAAUGGAAGCCAGGCGAUUCGCCUCUCAGUUGGGAAGCGUGGGUUUGCAUAGCCGAGGAGGUGCGGAAGAUGGCCCCGGUCUGGAAGCGACGCCGUGCAGGAUUCUCCGAGAUUCAGGUCAGAGAACUCCAGGCAGCUUUCCGGGGUCCAGAGUCCGUGCCCGGGAAGACCGGUCCGGUGGUGGUCAGCGACCUGCUAUGGAUGCUCCUCGACUCAGGCAUGAGAAUUCACCGGGCUGAAGAGCGACGGGAGUUCCACCAGGCGCUGGAUCGUGCCAGGCAAGAGGCUUUGGAGGCUGGCAUCAGCCCGAAGGACGUUGGCGAGCUUGGUAGCUUAGAACUCUACUUCGCCCCGUUCCUGCACCUGGUCCGGGCGCAUGUGCGCGUUAUUGAGCAGCAGCAGAUCCAGAGGGAAGAGCUUGCCAUGAGGAGCGUGAGCUUUUCAGCGGAAGAGAUUGCAGAUCUCCGGUGUAUCUUCAAUCGCCAGGCCAGCGAGGCCCGACAGAAGGAGGCCGUGGAGGCCCCGGCCGUGUGCCACCCACUCAGCGCCGCCGUCUUGAACCUUUGCAGCAUCUCACGGCUGCCGUGCUCGGAGGUCGUGCAUCUGGCCGGCUGCAUCGGGGUGCGAAUGAAGACGUCGCAGAAGGAGAUGCUCCAGCGGAAGAUCAGAGAGCUUUGUGUUCAAGGUCCCUUCCUGCAGCCAUCCGCUACCAAGAAAGAGGCCUCAGCGCGAUCAUGCCGCUCUGACGAGGACGGUGAGCAAGGCUUGGACCUGGAUUUCGCGGAAUUCCUGCACAUCUUCCAGUGGAUGACUGACUGCAACUUCUGCAACAUCAACGACGUCGCCGAGCGGCCGCAGGUUACCGGCGUCGAGAUGCGAAGGCCGGUCACUCAGUCUCUUGCUGUUGCUGGGGUCUCUGUGAUCUCACGCAGGGCGGCUCGUGCGAUGAGGGCUCGAACAGUUGCCGCUGCCAUCUUGCGAAUCCUUAUGAAGUCGGGUGCCCUCAGUGCAGCGAGCCUUGCAACCUUGCUGGGCGACGAGGCCGCGCGCUUGCCAUACCUCAAAAGCUUGCCCGUUUCGCAGUGCGUCCGACACGGAGGAGGGAGCGCAGAAGGAGGGCCGCCCACGUAUUGGCGCGGCUUCGCGUCGGUUCUGAAUCAGCAACUGCAAUCUCCGUCUAGGCAUGGCUGGCGGCGAUUCCUCGGUCAUGCUCUGCGGCACCUGCGUUGUCGCGGCAAGUUGCUCAAGGCCUGUCCUGACAUCAUCGAGUUCUGUCCCCUGGGUCUUCUUUCUGCGCACAUCCUGCUAUUGCUCAGCGCGCCGCGAGCAUAUGGUCUGGAUGGGCGGCUAUUCCUGCCAUCAGCACCAGCACAUCCCCUGGAACAGUUGGGUGUGGGACUGGGAUACUUCUUGUGGAACCCCACUGGCUACAAGCUGAGGGACCUCGUCUACAGCGGCUGGCCGAUCUUCGCGCUGCUCCGCGAGCUGCGCUUGAAGCUCUCGAGGCUGCCGAUCAUGCCGGACAUGGACACUAGCCAGAUCAGCCUUGACGAGUUGAAGCACAUCUCCCGGAUGCGGCAGUCAACCGGCACUUCGGACGACCUCGUGAGAUGGGCCACUGCGCAGUUCCUGUGCGAAUACCGCCCACAGGGUGCAGCUUGCCCUUUCCUCGAGGCCGAACACUUACUGCAGCGGGCAGAGGAGAUCUUCCGUAACGCGGGGAGUAGUUUCGGCAGGUCUUCUAUGAGGCACAAGCGCUUUGAUGAUGCUCUCGAUGCCGCGGAGAGCUCGCUCCAGCGGCUGCUCCGCUGGUUUCACCCCCCGUCCUCCCGCGCCUCCUUGGGGCCAGCGGCACGUCUCGCGGCAGGCAUCCUCAUCGCCGGAGACAUAGCCCUGCCCCGACUGGAGCGAUUGCAGCGGCGAGUAAGACAGCUGCAUCUUCGGACGAGGCGUGCGAUGUUGUCAGCGGCCGACAGGAUGUAUCCCGUGACGGAGAGCAUCUUGGAGCAGGGUUCAUUGAUUGCCGAGGCGAACUUCGUCUCAGCUCUCCACCGACAGCUCCAGGGCAGGCCAGGUCCGAAGCCUUUGGCAGAGCAGCAGACGGAGGCCUGGGUCGCCCUCCUCUGGGGAGGCCGAGGCAGAGAGGCCGAACGCCGCGCCUUGCUCUACUCCGAGGCCAUCCGCACACUGGCCUUCUCGACGAGAAAGGCCGAGGCUCCUCGCCGGCGACCUUUCAUUGUAUUGGCCGUCGGCGAGCUUUCCGGCGAAGUGGUGAAGGAGUUGACGAUGCACGGCUUGGAGGUGCGCGACGUGGCUGAGAUGAACCAGAGCCUACCGGCACUUGAGAAGCUGCUGCCCCCAGCCAGGCAGGGUGCCGGAGCCUGGUUCCAAGAGAGAGGGCUGUCGCCAAGCUUUCCCCAGCUCGCUGCCUGGGCCCUGCCCUUUGACCGGGUUGUGAUUCUCGACGCAGACACACUGGUCCUGGAGAGCUGCGAUGAGCUUUUCGAUUUGGGCGCCGUCUCGGUGGCCUCCGGCUAUGAGAUGCACCAGGAGCAACUUGAUCUUUCUCGGCAUGAUGGAAGUCGAACAUACAUGCUCAACGCAGGAGUCAUCUCGUUGCACCCUGAUCGUCAAUUCCUGCACUACAUGCACGCUGUGGCCGCCACCGAUGCCUUCAGAGGCAGAGUGCAGCACUAUGCCGAGGGUGCCGCACCAACGUUUCAGCAGUUCUUGGACAUCUUCCUCUUGGAGGCGUCGGACCGUCGUGGCUUUGCCUUUUGGGAUGCGGAUGGCCACUUCCGAGGCUGCUCAGCCAAGGCAGAGCUUGGACGAGCUGGAACCGUGUGGGCUCCAAUACGGAUGGAGGAGGACUUGAUCCCUCCCUCGAAGUUGACGAAUCUCGAUCACUGCCGGCUUCCGCUGGAUUUUCACUUCCAAGCCGACUUUCCGCACGUCUUCUGGAUGGCUUUGUUGCAGACGCAGCCUCACCUGCCAUUGGAUCAGACUUCUGCCGCCCUCGAAGACGCGCUGCUGCGGGGCACGCCGGAGGCCUUCGGCCUUCUGCACCACGGGCGUGGUGGAGCACGCAUGAAGAGAUGUGCCGGCAGAGUGGAGCAACUUGCCGCAUUCCUGGAGAUGCGAAAACAAGUCCAUCGAACUCGCAUGCCGAGGCACCACCUGAAGGGCAUCUAUGUCGUCAUGGUCGGCCAGAUUCGUGGACGGCCUCAGCACUGGAGCUUUUCAGACGGCCUAGCAGAUCGAUGGGCAGCUGCUUUCCGAACUGAUGUAGCAAAUCCGGAUUCUUCAGCACAAGGUGCCGGUGCAGGAGGCGCUUGCCCUGAGGCAGAGGGAUUCUCAACUUCUCGUCAUCGGUUUCAGCUUGAUGCGAAGGACUUGCGCAACUUCUCCCUUUGGCAAGACUGGAUUCUCAAGGCCUCUGAGAAGUGUGAGGGUCCCGACUUGGGCACUGCAUCCUUGCUCCCGGUGGUCAAUGCCGUCUCUCCAGAGGCUUCUAAGGUUUCCGUGGUCAUCAACGAGACGGGAGACGCAGAAGCGAGAGCUGCCGCGGGAGAAGAUUCGCGUCUCUUCAUCUGCAGCCGAGCCGGGGAAUGCGCCGCAUCACUGAGUUUCCGUGCAAAAGAGGAUGCCAGGAUCAGUGAUAUUCUGGGUGUAGUGGUAAAUCCGGAUAUCUGGAAAGGCAUCCGCAACCUGCCGCAUUCGAUGCGGCUCCUUCUCGAUGCCUUGCUUCUUCUGGCCUUGGCCUCUUUGGUGGGCAUGGUAGUCUGGUUCGCACUACUCCUGCGUGACAGUCUCGCGGGCGGCUGGGAACUGACCUCUGAGGAGCAUGUCAGCGACCCAAACCUUCGCCUGCCAAGCUCCAUGGACAUACUCCUGCAGGGUGCAAUCGACGUGCUCUUCUUUGUUUUGGGCUGCGCUCUUUUUGUGGUCGAAGGAGAGCGGUUCUUUCGCCGUCAGAACCACGAGGAUCGCACGAGCGAGGGGCAGGACCCAGAUCUGUCUGGCUUCAUCUUUGUGCUGGUCUUUCCCUUGCUGUUUGGCAGCGUGGCAGUCAUGCGGAUUUUCUUGGCCACUGCUCGAUGUCAAUUGUAUUACGCCGCGCUUCGAGAUGGAAUCCUGCUGAAAUUCAAGCAUGAGCCGUCCUAUUUCGAACCAGCGUUACUGUGGGUGUGGCUGGGGGUCGCGAUCUGCAUCGGCAAAGCCUUUCAGGUCAUGUUCAUGGGCUCGCUCCACUUUGGUCAGGGGCUGAAAGCCUUGCUCGUGAUGAUGUCUCCUUUGUAUUACAUGACAUCCUCGAUCCUGGACAUCCUCCACGCCGAGUUCGCGGUGUGCAAUCAACACUGUACAGUUGCCUUGCAGGUCUCAGAUGCUGAGCCGAUACAGAUCGGAGGAAACAUGGUGUGCAUGUCGGACGGUGCAUUUUGUUCUUUCGCCCGGCGACGUGCCGAGAUUUCCCGUGAAGGCAUCAUUGAUGAAGGCACAUCAGAUAUGGAGAGGGCUACAUUGACAUCGGAUGGCUUCAGGGUUCUUGAUCUCGCCUGGCUUGGCCGCCUACUGGGACGGCGCGCGACGGGUGCCAAAAAGCUGCUGUUGCUGCUCUUCGACCCUUUGCAGGCUCUAACAUUUCUGUGCCUGGCCGUGCUGACGUGCUAUUUGGGUUUGCGGAUCUUGCUUCAUCAGCCGAUGCUCGAAGAUCUGCAGGUCAUAGGAGGAUCGCUGUCGAGCCCCUUCGCAAGGCACGUGAAUGACUACAACAUCCUGGUUGACCGAAUGCAAUCGAUGAUUUCCGUCACCGCACAGGCAAACCCGAAGGAUGUCACGGAGCUGGCAAUGCACGACUCCUCGGAGCCCGGGGUACCGUCGCAGUGGACCUGGGGAAGCAGCAUUGCCAAAGCUGUCACUCUGGACAAGGAGCACUAUCCCUACAACAUCAAGAUUGAUGCUUGGGAUACAACUGCACACAACUCCUACAAGGUGCAAAUCCUCAAAUCAGGCUUCCUUCCUGAAUCUGUGACCAUUACCGGUCGGGCUGAUGGUGGCAGACUCUUCCACCGAUGCAUCCCUUGGGGAUAUCUGUGGUCACGCCCCUGGAUCAACGUACCACUGGAGAUCGAGACCGUCGACAUGAACAUAUCGAUGGCCCAUUUCGUCAUGGGCAUUCCGGAGAAUCAGCGCUAUGGUCGCUUCACCACGCAUUUCAUGCCCAACAUGACGAAACAGGAGUGUGACAAGCUGCAAAUGUCCGAACCGUUCUCUGCUGUCGCGCAUCACACGCUUGCUGGCUGUUAUGCAGUUUACCAGCCCCUUUGGAGCAGCUGUGGGAUUGCUGGCCAGGACGAGGCGAGGCACUUCCUGCAGCUUCGCUCUGCCAAGCUCACCGCCGAGCUGUGCUCCGAGAAGGAGCAGGUCUGUCACUCCGUUCGGCGAGGCAGCCCAGUGUUGAGCUUCUUCAACCUCUCGACUGGCGAUUCCUUGGAUGAUGCAGCGGGCUAUGAAGUGAAAUUAUCGGUCAACGUGGGUCGCACCACCUUGCCAAUCGUAGAUGCGACAAACUUCUACCGGGUCACCGACAUGCGCUUCCUUCCUGGUGGUGCACAUCCGUUCACAAUGCUAGGCUUCCACCUGAUGUCGGGCGAUGUGACAGCAUCCUCCUUUAUAUAUGGCCACGAAAAGGAACGAUGGACUGCAACGAUAUUCGACAGUGCUGCAUUCAAAACCCAGAAGACGAUGCAACUGACAGUUGUCUCUGCUGACACGGACUGUGGUGUCGAGUCCAUGGAGGUGGAGUCCAGGGCGGACGGCAUUGUUCCCAUGAAGGCCCUCGAGAUUGACAAGAGGGUUUGCAAGAGAGCCCCAUAUGCCGAGGGAUGUUCCGACGGCAGUGGCUUUCUCCCUACCCGGACGUUCGAAAUCGAUCUGGACUAUUGGCGCGACUUGCUUCUCAUGCAGGGCAUCUAUGAAGGGGACAAAUUCGUCCAUUUAAAAGGCCUCAUGCGCUGUAAUUCCUUCAAAGGCUUCGUGGGCGAAGAGGCAGAGGUUUAUGUGGACUUUCAGCACGUAACAAACGUGGACCUGGACGUCGUUAUCCAUGUUGCUGAUGGCUCAGUCACUACCACCGACCUGCACUGCCGCAACACAGGGCAGCACGCCCUACACUGCUCUGUACAUGCUGUGGGAUCCGGCGUCGGCAUGGCCUCUGGGGACUCCAUUCCACGUGCGAACAUGACGAUGAUUUUCAAUCAGCCCAACUGUUCAGUCCAGUGGAAGAAGUCUUGGGACCCGCAGCGAAAGGGAAUGCCACGGCUGGCGGCCGUCUACAACCACUACUCUGGAUCUGGCCAACUCGUACUACCACGUUUUAUCUGGAUCAGUCAGCAUCACACAAGCGCGGCUCUCAGCUUGGAAGCAGUAUUGGUUAUCUGCACACUCCGGGAAGGACCUGUGGAUGAGUGCGAGGACUGGAAUGACACCGGUGAAGGGAAGGCGCCAAGCGGCAACUGCCCAAUCACCUUGACUUAUCGUGGUCAGAAGACGACGCUGCGGCCAUGGGACCCUUCGCGAUGUCCCCUGGCAGCGGCCAUCCACAACCAGCUCAUCCAUUUUCCUAUUCGGCCCAAGAGCAACGUUUUUGCUAUCCACUGCUCGCUCCAGAGCUUGAGCCAUAUCUCGGACACUUUGGGUCCCCUCGGACGCGUUAUCGGCGUCUGCAGCCGAGACCCACAGAAGCAGCCGAAGCCGGAAACGGUUCAUCGGUUUUUGAAAAGGCACCCAAACACAACGCUGAUUUUCGAAGAUGUUGAAGAAGCGACAUUGGAACGCUACGAACGACUUCUCAGUCUUCCUGAUGACAGUAGGUAUGCCUUCCUCAUGGCGCUGCAUCCCCGGUUGGGGGAGAACAGCCCUGCAAGGCUAUUGAAAGAGGAUGCCCCGAAGCUGUGCAAGCGCAUCUUCGACUUCCUAGUGUGCACUACUCCUGCGCAUAUCAAAAGCCUCGUUCUGUGGCCUUGGACUGGAGACGCCAAGGACAAGGAUUGGGGCGAGGACGCGGAUCAGUUUGACAAGGUACCGCGGCAUGUGCAGGAGAUUGUGAUGAAUCAUACCAACAUUCUCCAGCGGUGGAGGAGGCCUCGCAGGAGCAGUGAGAAGAAGCACUCCGAGGGCGAGAAUUCCGACAGCCACGAGAGGAUUUGGGUGUUUUUGGACAUUCGCACGGACACCAGCUCUGGCGGCAACUUAGACAUGAAGUUGGUGAACGAACUGGCGAAGCUUGGCUUGCUGGCCAAGGAACAGCUGGCUUUAACACCUUGGUUCCCGAAUCAUGCGCUGCUGCUUUUGCAGUAUGCCCUUCACAGGGAUGAGAGGCAAGCCAUCUCCCGGGAAAGCUACAAAGUGCCCGGAUCUGCCGAGGGGAAGGAGCGCCGCCUCGUCAAGGAGGGGCGGAGCAAGGAGAAGAGCCAUCGGCCUCCCUCGGCACUCUCCAUGCCGGUCCCCAGCUUCACCACCAAGAAUACGCUCGGGCCGGUGGGGGCGCCGUCGAAGCCUCCCUCGACCUCCAGCUCUGCAGGGGUCCCGCGGGCUGCAGCUUCAAGCGGAGGAUGUGGCUUCAGCGAUCUCAGCCCCGCUUACUUGCCUGACCCUGCAAGCGCUUUGCAGCAGAGUCAGAUGCUCGGCAAAGGAGGAUACCCUGGACUGAGUGGUCAUAGCCAGUGGUCAGCCAUGGACGGAGCCCCGCCUGGGCUCGGCCCGUCCUUGCUUCAGGCUGGUGGCGGAGGGGUGCAGAACUGGCUGGGCGCAGAGGAGCAGUCGCAGCAGGAACUGCUGUCCUACUUGCAGGUCCGCCAGCAAGCUGCUCAGGGACUUCAGUUUGGGGCUUCUCAGCAAGCAGCUGCAGCACAGUUGCAGUGGCAGCAGCAGGUUGCUAUGCUCCAGGGAGGCAUGGGUCCAUGCGGACAGGGCCUCGGCAAGGGCACUGGCACGGGCUUGAUGGGCAAGGGAGGUGGCGGCUCUAUGUCCAGCUGGCCCCCCCCACCGGGCCAUCUCGGCGCAGGUCCAAUGAAUGGGCUGCCAUCACAACUGUCCAACUUUGGCAACCUUCGAGAGGAUCAGCUGAACCGAGCAAUGAAUCUGUAA